UUUGAGUUUAGGUUAGAUACGAAGCUUCAUAUCAAGUCGAAACUGCCCGACUAACUCAUUGACUUUGAUAUGCUCUUGCCAAACUCCUCCUCACGUGUUAAAGUUUGAGCCACUGGUUAGGUACUGCUCCAGCCUGGGCGUGGUCUGCCUAUCGUGCCUAUUAGGUUCGACCAAUCAGAGCGCGCCGCUGUAUGCUGCUGUAGGUGCUCAGUGAAGCUCAACUGCUGGAGGCAGCUUUUAGCCUCGUCAUCAGCUCUGCCUUGUUAACCUCAACUCGUCUCGCAAUUCAACGACCAGCAACAUCCCCAUCGCAAAAGAUACCCCGAGCGAUCUUACCAUUUCUCACGAUACCGCAUUAUCCUACAGGCACUCGGGCAAAUCAACUAUCUUGAUAUUUUCAAUCGGGGAAUCAUAGGUUGCUCAAAAUGCCAGGCUUCGACUUCUCAAACUACAACCGCAAUGCGGCUCUCCACGCCCGAGGAGUGCCUCUGCCCAAGGCUACCAGCACUGGAACGACUAUUGUUGGAUGUAUAUUUGAUGGUGGUGUUGUGAUUGCUGCCGAUACUCGAGCCACAUCCGGUCCCAUUGUCGCCGACAAGAACUGCGAGAAGCUUCACUACAUCUCUCCUCAGAUUUGGUGCGCUGGCGCCGGUACCGCCGCUGACACAGAGUUCACCACCGCCCUCAUCUCUUCUCAACUCGAGCUGCACUCCCUAUCCACAGGUCGCAAGCCCCGCGUCGUCACUUGCAUGACCCUCCUGAAGCAGCACCUCUUCCGCUACCAGGGCCACAUCGGUGCCUACCUGGUCGUUGCUGGCGUCGACCCUACUGGCACCCACCUCUUCACUGUCCACGCUCACGGCAGCACAGAUAAGCUUCCCUAUGUUACCAUGGGCAGUGGUAGCUUGGCAGCUAUGAGUGUCUUUGAGACGCAGUGGAAGCCCGAUCUUAACCAGGAGGAAGCCGUGAAGCUGGCGAGCGACGCCAUUCUUGCCGGUGUCUGGAACGAUCUGGGCUCGGGUUCAAACGUGGACGUGGCUAUCAUCACCAAGGACAAGACAACACUCAAGAGAAACUACAUCAAGCCCAACGAGAAGGAGCCCAAGCUUCAGAGUUACCGUUUCCCCAAGGGCACGACGGCGGUGCUGAACGAAAAGAUCAUCAAGAGGGACGAGAUCAAGCGGUACAUUAGCGUGGAAGACGUACCCGUGGAGGAGAAGAUGGAUGUUGACAGCUAAAUAGAGAUCCUAUCGGAACUUUAGAUGAGGUAGACCACGGCAUGUAACAGCACGCAAUCCCAGUACACUACACACUGGGUCACUGAACAGGCCAUUAUCUGUGGCAGGCAGAGUUGUGACUGAUGAUGCCAGUACAGCUCAAUGCAAUAUUUCGAAUGCAAUUAAUUUUAAAUAAAAAAAGAAAAGGCAAGUUUUUGUCUGACUUGAGUGCCUCUGCUUUUCGCUAGUCCCUGGAUAUGAGAUGCAAUGUCCAAGAACGUGUUGAAUAGAAUAGACAACCAUCGUACUACAAUUCAAGUAGCCGUGUCUUUGCUGUGCCUGCAGUAGGCAUAAUAAUUCAUAUCACCCUUUCAUCGGGGUAUGUUCACUAAAAAUCCUCAUCUAGAAUCUGACGCUGAACACGGAACUGAAUCUAGUUCCUUCACCUGGCCCAGGUCCAGCCCUGGGCAGACGUUACAGGGAGCACAAGAAUAUUCCUCCUAAAUCCCAUAAACCCCCCAAUGCAAUGGAAAACCAGUAAAAACUCCGAUUAAAAUGGGUAUGUCGAAGAUGUCAUCAUUAUCAUAGUAGGCGUGUCACUGGAGCGGCUCGUGAGCUCACUUCAGUCCAAACAUGGUUCUGGUUCGAGAUUUGCUGCGGGCCUUCUUUUUGUCUUUCUUGGACGCGGUUGACUCGCCGUCGUCAUCGUAUUUGGCCUUGUGAAUCCUGUUUAAUGUUAGUGAGCACGAGGGUGGAUUGCGGGUUAUAUGCUCUGGAUGUCAAGACUUACCAGCUAUUCCCAAC